AUGUCUAUCCCAUCAAACUAUAAGCAAAUUAUUUUAAACAGUGCACCAAGUAAAGAAGUUAACUUGAAAUACGGUGAAGAAUCAUCUACUUUCAGAAUUGAGCAAGCAUCUUUUGAUGAGAACUCAGUUAAGGACGGAGAAGUGGUUGUUAAAGUUUUGUACCUUUCUAACGAUCCAACUCAAAGAGGAUGGAUGCAAAAGGGAAUUGAUGCGAAGAGAAUGUACGCACCACCAAUUUUAGAGAAUGACCCUGUCACUGCAUUAGGGUUAGGUGAAAUUGUGCUUUCUAAAUCGAGCAAGCAUUCGGUUGGCGAUAAGGUUACCGGACGUUUCUCGUGGCAAGAGUACGUGGUUGUGAAUGAACAAAGUAUUUUCACGACCAUUGAUGAAUCGGCAGGCUUACCUUUAACUUCGUAUUUGUCUUCUGUUGGUAUGACUGGUUUGACCGCAUAUUUUGGGGUCACCAAGGUCGGUGAAUUAAAGAAAGGACAAACGAUUGUUAUUUCGGCUGCCUCUGGUGCAACUGGAUCUAUGUGUGUUCAAAUUGCUAAACAUAUAGUUGGAGCUACCAAGGUUAUUGGUAUUUCUGGUUCCGCCGAAAAGUGUAAGUGGGUUGAAUCUCUCGGUGCUGAUGUAUGUGUUAACUAUCAUGACGCAGACUACCAAAAGCAAUUAUCAGAUAUCAUUGGUGACGACUUCGUUGAUGUUUAUUACGAUAAUGUUGGUGGUGAAAUCUUGAGUUUCAUGCUCUCCAAGGUCAAGCCGUUCGGUCAUGUUGUUGCAUGUGGUGCGAUUGCCGGUUACAAUGACAAAGAAAAGAGUAAUGUCACUAGCUGGGCUGAAAUUAUUACAAAUCGUCUUACUGUUCGUGGUUUCAUCAUUCUUGAUUUUGUCAAAGAUUAUGCCCAAGGUGUUGGUGCAAUUGUUGGUGCAAUUAAGGAAGGAAAAAUUAAGAUUACCGAAGGUACAUCAGUAGUUGAUUUGACUAGCGAAAAGGACGUUUUGGCCAAGGUUCCAGAAACAUGGAGCUUAUUAUUUGGUAGCAAUAAGCCAAACGGUAAGUUAAUCACAAAGAUUGCUUAA